AUGAGUUCGUCGGCGAACACAUUUCCGGCGCUGUCGGGCGGAUUCAAGUUGCCUUCUGUGACGGCCGCGCCGAAAACUAGUGUGACUCGCAUACCGGCUCGCGUCGUGCAUCAGACACGCGCUUUGCCUUCCGUCACGCGCGACUUGGUUGCUCCGACGCCGUCAUCGACGCCAUCGCUGUACCCACAGAGUCUGUGGUGGGACGCGCAGCAGGGUAAAGAGGACACGGACAAGAUUACUCGCAAGCGCACCUACAGGGUAAGCGACUAUCCUCCCAUUAUCGUGGGCAAGUACGUGACGGAUCCGACAGGAAAGGACUUUUCCAACCCACAGUACGUGCCCGCAGGGACGGCGGCGCGCUCUCGCUCGUCGUCGCGCGCCGCAGCCAGGAGCGACGCAGGUGUGACCGCUCUCAGCCGGAUCUCGAGCUCCGCGACGACGUGCUCUACCUGCACUACGACCUCGUCUACCGUUCACGGCUCCGAGGAGGACGAGGAAAACCUCGCGCUACGCGUCACCGCAAAGCGGAAACUGUUUACGGUGGUGAUGCCCAUCUACCCCUCCUCCGCUGCGAGCUUCUUCUUCCCGACAGCAUACGUGCAGUCAUCCCGCGACGCGGCAGAUUGGCGAGGUCCACCGAAGAAGAUUAACGAAGAUCUACACCCUAACGACCGCGCCAAUUUCUCGCUCUCCUUCGUUUCCGUGCGCGAGAACAACCUGAAUCGGAUGGGGCUGUACAAGAUCGGUCCCGGCGCUGUCGCCUUCAGCGCGGUCAUCAAGGCCUUUGAGGCGGGCGGGCUCCGGUACACGGACUCCAACAAAGACUUCAACAUAUUGUGGGCCAAGCGGGCCACCGUCUAUACCCUGUCCUCGCUGAAUGCGUACCAAAAGGUGAACCACUUCCCAGGUACGUGGGGUGUGGGCCGCAAGGACCGGCUGGCCUACAACAUCCGCCGCAUGCAGCGGCACUUCGGCGACGAUGCCUUUGACAUUGUGCCCAAGUCCUUCCUCAUCCCUCAAGACGAAGCGGAACUGCGCCGCGAUGCGGAGAUGGACCCCGGCACCCCGGAGAAGCCGCUGAUCUACAUUGUCAAGCCCGGCGCGUCUAGCUGCGGACGAGGGAUCCACCUCUUCAAGGGCGUUCCGCCCAUGCCUCGGGGGGCGGGGCGCGAGAAGGAGAUGGUGUGUCAGCGGUACAUUGGCAACCCCUUGCUCAUCUAUGGCCGCAAGUUUGACCUGCGUCUCUACUGCGUGGUCACCUCCUUCGACCCGUUGCGGAUCUACCUCUUUGAUGAGGGUCUCGUGCGGUUCGCGGCUAAGAAGUACAGCGGCCCUGACCAGGACCUUGACAACAUCCAUGUACAUCUCACCAACUACUCCGUUAAUAAAACGGCGGAGCUGAGCAAGGAAAGCAACGGCAAGGACUACGAGAGUGACGACCCACUUGACAUCAAGUGGUGCCUCUCCGACUUCAAGCGGCACUUGGCAUCGCACCACCCACUGGGGCUUGCUGCCUGGGACCGCAUCCAGUUCGAGUGCGAGGAUGUGGUGAUAAAGACGUUUCUCAGUAUUGAGCACAACGUGGUGGAGGAGGUGACGCGCAACUGCGCCGAUAGAAGCGGACGCAACUGCUUUGAACUGUUCGGGCUGGACUUGAUGGCGGAUGACAAUCUCAAGGUGCGGCUGCUGGAGGUCAACAUCAUGCCCUCGCUGGCGACAGGCAGCUCUCUCGACAAAGCCGUGAAGUCCCGCAUGCUGUCGCACAUGUUGACGCUGGUGCGCGUCAUUCCGUAUCGACGGGAUAGUCAGCUGGACCCCAACAACACGGACGGCAUCUACGUGCCGCGCGGCAUUCAGCGGCAGCCGGGAGAGCGCACCUACAAAUUUGGCAAUCACCCCUUUCCGAGCGCUCGUAUUGUGGAGCGGCCGCUGCUGACCUCCUUCAACGACCCGAACAACGAAGACUCGAACCUGUCCAUGGCCGAGUUGCUCAUGUUGCGCGAGUAUGAGGAGGAGUUGCAGUGCGCUGGCAGCUUUCGGUGCAUCUACCCUGUUGGUCGCACCGUUAACAGAUAUCUUCCCUACUUUUUGCAUGGCGUCCGCCGCAGCAACUACCUGCUGGCGUCGGCGGCGGUGAUGAAGUCGAAGCGGCCGCAGAACGAGAAGCUCUUCGAUUAA